AUGCUCCAGCUGCAGCACAAGCAACAAAUUUUGAUCGCACCACGACCGACCGUCAGUCCAUUGACGUCUGCUUCCUCACUGUCUAAGGAAAUUAAUCAAUUGAAGAUGACGCAGCACGAGGUGGAGGAGGAGGAGGAUUUGGUAAUCGUGGAACCGACAGAUCCGGAUGAGGAUCGGAUGCGUGAAGCCGCUCUUCAGGCUCAACAGGAAGUUACACUCGUUCAAGCCACAUCGCCUCCUAAGUCCACUGCGGAGGUGGAUGCUAGUAAAAGUGGUUUUACGAAUAGCCCCGUUUUAUUCAGUCAAAUUCUGCAAGCCCUGAGUGCUAAGUCGAACAAACAGGCCACUGAAAACCCACAGCAGGCUCCCCGAUUCCUGGUUGCUUCAUCGAACAACGUUCUGACCAUUCAAACUCCUGUUAAAACCACUGCGGGAGCAGUUCAAACCCAGGCCUCUUCUUUCAUGGUCCAGCCCUUGAGUGGCGUGGAGGCUGCAAAACUCCUGAACCUCUCCACGGCCCCGCAGUUGAAUUCAACGCCAACUCCCCUUGUCACUGCCUCGCCACCAGUCCAAAAUCCAGGGAUUCAAAGCCUCCUCACAACUAAUCCACUUCUCUCCGGAGUACUGGUAAAUUGCGCCACGGCAAACCUUGUGUCCCAACUCUCAAGUUCCGUCUCUGCUUCCAUGUUCUCCUUUGCUCAGACCGUGGCUAUGGACAAGGCUGCCAACGUUGACGGACAGAUCGCAGAAAUCACACAGAUGCUCUCUGUUCUCAUCAAUUUGGCAUCGUCUCUGUCAAAUUCCCUCCCAGGUCUAGCCAAUCUCAAGCCCCCCGGGAACACGACUACUAACUCCACUGUGCCCCAGACUAAUCCCAUUUUGACCAGUCUCAUAGCUCCUCCCCAGCCUGUUGUUAAUCUAGCCUCAAAUCCUACAAUGGUCUCCUUUGCCGACCUCAAGUCUGUGACUUCAACAAACGCUCCCCCUCCACCCAAUGUGGUCUGUCCUCAGCCCUGUCCCCCAAUUCAGUUAAAACCGGAACCAACUGUGAGCUCAACUGCACCACCUGCUUCUUCCUCCGUCCCAGCAGCCAACGGCACCCUGGCUGCUCCCGUUGCCGGGCUCAGAACCAAGUCGGGAGCGGUCCUGGCUUCGGUUAAGUCAUCUGGUCGUGCGAAACCCUUCAUAUGUCCGCACUCCGGCUGCACACGUGCUUUUUCCUCCAGAUUUAACCUUGUCGAACACAUCCGCAUCCACACCGGCGAGAGGCCCUUCGUCUGCCCUGAACCCGGCUGCAAGUCGAGAUUCAAGCGACGUCGCGACCUGUACGAGCACGCGACUACUCACAAAGCGCGAUUGAAUUCUGAGGCAGCUAGACGGGGUCCGCUUCUAACCGCCCUGCUCACAUCCAAGGACAAACAAGGUGGCAGCAGCGGGGACCACUUGGGACAUAAAAGGCGCCGACACUUUUGUCCCUUUCCAAAUUGCCCACGUUCCUACGCACGCAGGCAUCGUCUCAAUCAGCAUAUGUGCGCGCACACAGGCAUGGGACCGUAUUACUGUGAUCAACCGAAUUGUUCAGUGCGGUACUUUUGUGCCGGUGAUCUGGAACGCCACAAACUCGUGCACCUUGUUCCCACGAGUGGAGAUCCUGUAAAGAAGCACCUCUGUCCCUCGCCCGAUUGUGGGAAGGCCUACUCUAAGUUGAAUAAGCUCCGAGAGCACGUCCGUUCGCAUACCGGAGAGCGGCCGUACGUUUGUGAUCGGGAAGGCUGCAACGCUUCGUUUAUUCGCUUGUACGGACUAAAGCGGCACCAGCUCACCCACUUAGUUGCUCUGCGAGAAGCAAUGUCUGAUCCGCCGAAACCCGCUGAACCCAGUAAUCCCCAGCCGCCGUCUACUUCAGCUCCCUCCCCUGCAACAUGUCUCGUCACCACCAUCCCUGUCACCAGCACCUUAACGGCCAUUUUCCCUCCAUCAGCGACACUCAUCCCCAGAGUUGGACUGAACUCCCAACCGACAAUCCUCAAUUUCGUUCAGGCUCUGACAAACUCGGGUGUUCAACUGAAGCCGAUUGUUGCGGCCCAGCCUAAGGAGGAGUCCCUACCAGCCCCGUCGAAUUUAGUCAUCAAACCAGACCCCGAUUCCACCCCCGUCUCCACGGCCUCAAUCGUUACCACGGCUCCAAGUGUUACGAUAACAUCGAUCGCCUCCACUGCCACCUCCAAGCUUCCACUCGUGCAGAGGUCCAUUAAGGCUGCCGCCACGCCGUCUGCUUCAGCUUUGGCCGAAAAAGCCAUUGUUGUGUCCGGCCCGUUUGGGAAACGGCGACACAUCUGCCCGAUGCCAGGCUGCACGAAAAUCUUCCCCAAGUUAAACAAGCUGAGGGAGCAUAUUUGCCGGCACACCGGUGAGCGUCCGUACGCGUGCGAGGAGUGUCCCGCCACUUUUGUUCGCAUGUACGACCUACGACGACACGCGAUGAUCCACACUCGGAAGAAGACCGGCAUUCUGAACAAUGGAGUAUGA